CCGUUUCUAACACAGUGUUGCCAAAUCAUGCUGCAGUCUGGCUUAUAUAGAAGCUGCUUAGAUUGUCUGAAAUAACUGAGACGUAAUUUGACUCUCUAAGGCCUUUGGUAACCUUUGUGGGAUCUUACGUCAUUCCUAGUUCAUGUCUACAAUCUUUUCUCCUUGUCUGAAACCCUUGGGGCUAAAAAAAAAAAAAAAAACCCACUGCCAUCAAGUCGAUUCUGACUCAUAGCGACCCUAAAGGACAGAGUAGAACUGCCCCAUAGAGUUUCCAAGGAGCGCCGGGCGGAUUUGAACUGCUGACUUUUUGAUUAGCAGCUGUAGCUUUUAACCACUACAGCACCAGGGUUUUCCACUUGGGGCCAGUGUGUUUUAAAGUUCAGAAUUUUUUUAGAAAGGUAAUAUGGCGAGCCUCCAAAGAGGCUUGGAAUCAGAACCCAUAAUCAAACUCAUUAUUUCUGCAUUGAAAUGUAAGAAUAGUCACACUAAUUAGUAUAAAUAGACUGUGAAUAACUUUAUUUCAGUUCAAGUCACCAAACGAUGUUGGGUUUGUCUUACUGCCACAUGAGUUUAAUAACAAAUAAUAAUAAUAAUAAUGGCCUGGGAUCAGAACCCAUAAUCAAACUUAUUAUUUCCACAGUGAAAUAUAGGAAUAUUCACACUAAUUAGUAUAAAUAGACUUUUAAUAACUUUAUUUCAGUUCAAGUCAAAUGAGGUUGGGUUUGUCUCAUUGCCAAGUGAGUUUAAUAACAAAAAUAAAAAAACAAUAAUAAAUUUCAGUUCCAGAGGUUUUUGGAUUUUGGAAUGGUAGAUGAGGACUGGAUCCUGGAGGUUUUGUGAGCUACUUUUUCCUUUUCAACAGCCACGCUCUUAUUCAGUGGCUGAUCUGGGACGACAGUAGUAAUGUGUUACUUUCCAAAUAGGGAUGACAUUCAGUGCUUCUAAACAUUCAGUGAUUCUAAACAAUAUUUCCCUUCUGAGUAGAAAGAAAGAUGCUUUUCUCUUCUUCCCUCUGCCCUUAUUUUUGGGUGUGUGUGUGUGUGUGUGUUAUUUUAUUUUAUUUUACUGAGUACUGUAAUUCAAGCUGCUCAUCUCCUACAGAAGAGAGACCUGAAGACCUUGUCACACUUUGUUUCUUGGAUUUGUUCCAACAUGUGUUAUGAAUAUUUGGAAGAAAUCAUGGCAUGCAUUAGGAUUUAAGGUGCUUACCUCCUAGGAUCCAUAUCCCACCGUCCUUAUUCCAAGGGCAGCAUCCCAGUUUCAGAUUAUUUAAACCUGUCGCUUUCCUCUGUGCCCAUGCUUUCCCCCAGAAUUUAGGCAUUUCCUCCCUCUGUAGGUCAGAGGACACAGAGGCACCAUUUAUAAAGUUCUGACCAGAUUCAGACAAGAUUAGAAGAAAAGAGUAACUUUCAGAACACCUCAACAAGUCCUUGAAAAGGAGUAACUUGUGAGCAACCAAGGAGCAGUUCCAUAGAAUCUCACUGCUCAGGGGAGGCAGGGAGAUCCCAGAUAAAUAGAAGCCACCAGUAACCCCAAUGUCUUGUCUUAGUCAAUACAAUUCAGCUUAUGUCCAUCGAUAUUCAUGAACGAGAUGCAAUAAUUUAGAUAAUUCUGAACUUGGCCCUUGGUUUGGUGGGAUGGAAUAGGGGUCUGUUUAUUACCGUGGGGCAUUUUUAUUUGCCUCUAUGGGCACUAAAGGAGCCCUGGUGGUACGAUCGUUAAAUGCUCAGCUACUAACCGAAAAGUGAGCAGUUCAAACCCACCAGCCACUCUGCAGGAGAAAGAUGUGGCAGUCUGCUUCCAUGAAGAUUAAAGCUUUGGAAACCUGGUAGGGCAGUUCUACUCUGUCUUAUAGGGUCGCUAUGAGUGGAAAUUGACUCAACAGCAAUGGGUAUGGUUUGGCUGUGGGCACUAAAGCUUUGAAAACAUGUCCAUAGGAGGCCUUUGACCUAAAGGUCCCAGCAGACCCACAUAACAAUCUUCUUGGGUCAACAUGGUCCAUUCGUAGACUUAGUUCCUUCUCAAGCCAAGCUGAGGAGUCCAUGUCUAAAGAUCUCUAUAAUUGAGGGGAGGUGAGAGUGUUGUCGGAUGAAGUGGGAUGCAGUUUGGCCCCCUGACUUUGAGCUGUUUCUUCCCUACAAUUCCCUUGUAUACUUAAUGCCACCUGGGCACGGAGAAAAGCAGAGAGUCUGUGAAGUAUCUCAUGUCAUGAGCGGCCCUCCUGGUAGAGUCAGAUGGAUCAGCCUCAAAAAAGAAGAGUCAAGAUGCCAGAUUUUUAGGGAUUUACUAUGACCCCAAGAUGGGGGACAGCCUGACCACUGAGACUCGUGUGGCAUAGAAAGCACACUGUUGUGGCCUACAGACAGACAGCAGUCCUGACCCUGUUAAGGGCUCGAGGCCUAGGUCUCCCUUUCAAUGCUGCUCUCUCCUCCAGUGGAGACUUUAACAAUCUUUACCUGUUUUCACAGUGCUCGGCCAGAAGAGAAGUGUGGGGAGACAGGCAUGUGGGACUGCCUCCUGCAUCCUUGGGUCUGGGGGGCCCAGGGCCUUGAGGCUGACCCAUAACUAGAGGGAAGCUGGGAGCGCCGCAUUGUGGGAGGUGGGAGCUGAGUAGAGAAUGAAUACAAAAUUCCGUUCAGCCCAGUUUGUAUUCUGCGUCCUCCUAAUACUAGGUGCAGUUUGUAUUGCGGUGGAUUAAUAUGGUGUGAAAGGGGACCAGUUUGUGGUUGCCUAGCAACGAGUAGCUCUUCUGUGCCUGGGAUAAAGGGAAAUCGGGUGAUGGUGGGAAGUCCCAGGGCUCCUUGGUGUUUCUUUUAACUCACCCAGCAGUCUUGCCUCUUGGUGGGACCUCCCAACACCACCAAAGACCUGAAUGCUGAAUUUGAUGUUUGGAUGUGAUAGGAAAGUUAGAGCAGAUCCCAAAGUAGCCUGGGGGUUUGAGAAUCUCGUUCCUCACUAUCUCUAAUUCUGGUUUUUAGAGAGGGGGGGUUUUCUUUUUCUUUUUUUUCGUACGUUUUCCUUUUUUUCCUGACUCUCUCCCUCCCCCACAAUUUUUUUUUUCCCACUGUAAGUCAAAACAUGAUCAUCUCGAAGGUCUGAUUUUAACUAUUUCCUAUACUCGUAAGGUGCUUUUAUGUAAUCACAUAUAAUUGAUUUACCUUCUCUGAAAGAAACCAUUCUUCCAGCUUGGAAAGCAGAAAUGUCCACACCGAUUUUCACCUUCUUCCCACCGUUUAACAUGUCCUUCAGGACUUGGGUUAGUGGUGUGCAGCUCCAGAAUUUUCCUCUGCGUACCUAGCAUUCCUUACCCUAGAUAAAACCAAUGUUUCUUUUUUAAUAGGAGAAAAUAGCUUUCAGAGGCAACAGCCCAAGGCAAAAUUGUGAAGUAGAGUUUAUGUUUUGGGCUGUUCUGUUUAUGGCCCACCAUUUGGUUUUGCCUUGUUUUUCCCCAUUAAAGCACAUUUAUUCUGUGUUCAGUUUCUUGGACCUGUGUCAAGUAACUGCCUAGAAAAUUUGACAAAAAAAUUGCACUGAAAUAUUAAUAAAUUAUAAUAUUUUGGUGUGUUAACUAGAGAGCCCUGGGGGUGCAACGGUUAACACUUGGCUGUUAAUUGGCUUGGGCACUAACUGAAAGGUUGAUGGUUUGAAUACACACAGUGGCUCCACGGGAGAAAGACCUGGCAAUCUGCUCCCAUAAAGAUUACAGCCUAGAAAACCAUAUGGGGCGGUUUCUACUCUGUCACAUGGGGUCAUUAUGAGUCGGAAUCGACUCAAUGGCAAACAAUAACGACAGUGUAGUUACUCCUUCCAGAUAGCAUUCCAAUAGGCAACUCCAAAUUAUCCAACCCCUAAGAAUCCCUAAGAAUAAGGGAGCUGAGCCUGGUCCACGCUCUGGCUCUGAGUAGCUGUGUGACCUGAGCUCAUCACCUUCCCUCUCUGGGUUCCAUCUUCCCCACAAUUAGGAUCCCUUCUAGUUUAACAUUUUUAGGAUUCACUGUGCGCUGAAGGAGCUCUUAAUUAUUCUAUCACUCUUGAUCAUAAAAUUGCCAUAUUUAUUGGAAUCAGAGUGGCAUUUCAGUUUGUAUCUCAGAUAUUAAGAAUAAGGACCUGGCAGAUAAUAAUCACCCACCCAUUAUAUUACCUCAAAUGAUUGGAGGUUUAUUGCCAAUACUCCUACAGUUACUAUUAUUAUUCAUUAUGCUUUCAUUUUUCUGUGACCCUUCUUGAACCUAUGAAACCUACUUUUAUUUUCAUUUUUUCCUAGAGCUACUUCUUUAAGCUUUGGGUGUUGCUCGCUCCAUGUGUCCCCUCCCCCACAGUUUUAUAAAUUUAUAUUACUAUUUCGUACCAACUUCCUCUUUAUGCCUACCUUCCUUUGGGGCUGAAGGUUCUUCACACAUAAGCCCUACACCAUUUUAGUGAAGAGCCUCCUUUCUAUGAAAGAUUUAAAAGUAUAUUUUUUUGAGGGGAGGAGGUGAUUGACAAGGGGAGAGCUGAAUGAUUUUUCUUUUAGAGGAGAUGCUUAUUAUAGAUUUUUCAUUUUAAAAUAAAUUGUUCUCAAGAAAGAUAAAUUGGAAAUUAUAGAGGAGAAAAGAAAAUCGGCUUGGCGAUUUUUUUUUUAGCCUAGAGUAGGCAAGCACUUUUUAAUGGCUAGGCUGUAAACAGUGCAGUGCCCGCCCCGUGGACAAAGGCCUGCUCUCCAGACGACCCUAGUAAGGAAGUGUCAAGACAAAAUGCAGCUCUUUGUUCCUGGCCAGCUUCCUAGGAAACCAACAUCCUCUUUUAUUUGUAGUCAGCACUUGGUGGAUUCUUGCUAGAACCACUUGUGAGAAAUUUCCAGUUUCUGAGCCCAAGUGAAACCAGAACCCUCAACUACUUCUUUCUCCAGGGUGCCGAUGAAAACUUACGAGCCCAGAGAGACUCAGAAACCCGUCCUUUACGGGGUUGUUGUUGGGUGCUGUCAAGUCGAUUUUGACUGACAGCAACCCCGCGGGACAGAGUCGAACUGUCUCAUAGGGUUUUCUUGGCUGUAAUUUUUACAGGAGCAGAGUACCAGGUCUUUCUCCUGAAGAGGCACUGGGUGGGCUUGAACUGCCAACCUUUUCAUUAACAGCUGAGUAUUUAACCGUUGCACCACCAGGGCUCCUUUUUAUGGGGUUAAUGCUCUGAAAAUGCUCUUUCUGAGAGGAUCUUAUAUAGACCUAUUAUAGACUGCUCAAGGCUCAGAUCUCAAUAAGGCCAUUUCCUGCAGUUGGCUGUGGAUACAUUAAGUCACCCAGCAAAUUAAAAAAGGAGUAAUUAUGCGAAUUCCAGCACCAAGAAUAAGUGGCCCAGCUGCCAGAGUCCUCAGUGGGUGAAGGGGCAGCAUGACUUCAACUCCCCUUUGUGCUCAAGAUGGCUGCAGUCAUGGUCACGGUUAAAUAGCUGCCUUGAGGGAAGUCUUUUCUUCCAGCAGGGAAAACAGGCCAGUCUGCUCUGAACUAGCCAGCUAACAAUGUCAUGAAAGGGACUUAUAAAAACAAUGGCACGUUGUACAUUCCGUGAGAUUUUAACAAGUUAUACGAACCAAAUAAUGGCCCAAUUGGCUGGCUCUGCAGAUUUUUGCCUGAGUGUGCACAUCCACAGAGCCAGCUCUGUCCCCCGUGGGACCAGAGAUCAAACAGUACCAGCGGUGAAUGUGAAACAGCCCUAGCUCACUCUGGGGCUCGCGGUCAGAGGAGCCCCCAUCCAGCUUCUCUCACUCCACCCCAAAAGCAUUCUCUGCAAUUAUUCUUGGGAGGUUUAAUGUUACUACGAUAAAAACAUGGCUGGGGCAGGGUGGGAAGACAGCAGGCUAGGAAUGAAAGGACCGUCCCUGGUUCAAUGGAAUCUUAUCCUUCAGGCCUGUGAAAGUGUAGCUAGUUAUAAAAAGUAAAACCUUAUAAAAACAUGUCCAUGCAAAAAUCUGUAUGUGAAUAUGUGUAAUGACUUUAUUGAUAAAAACUGGAAAGGACCCAAGUGACCUUCACCCACACAAUGGACUACUACUCAGCAGUGAAAAUGAAAAGACUUACUGAUACUCCAACAACAUGGACGACUCUCAGAUGCAGUAAGCUGAGUGAAAAUAGAUAGCCUCCAAAGGCUGCAUACUCUAUAAUUACAUUUGUUUGACAUUCUAGAAAAGGCAGAGCAGAUAAUGGCUAUAAAGGGGUUAGGAGAGGGAUCAACUGCAAAGGGGCAGGAGGAAACUUUAAGGGAUAAAGGAAAUGUUCUAUACCUUGAUUUUGGUGAUGGUUAUCCAAUAGUAAGUGUUUGUCAAAGCUCAUAGAACUGUACCCUAAAAAAAGUGAAUCUUAUUCUGUGCACGUUAUACCUCAACGAGCCUGACUUUAAAGUAGUAAACAAAAACUUUAUCUUAUUUUAGCCCCUAGGUGCUGCCACCUCCGUAGAGGAUAUUUUUGGUUUUGAGAUGGGCCACACAGUGAAGCCAGACCUCUGAUCAGACGAAGAGUGCUGGACUUACAGACUGUUUUGUUUUUUCACUUCAUGAGCUCAUUUAACAGAUAUUUUAAAGCCUAUACCGUGGGUUAGGAAUUGUUCAGUUGAGUCAGCUCGAGCAGGAGGAAAGUGUUAUCAAUGGCCUGACCUAAGACAGUGGGAGUGGAAGUGGAAGGUUGGGCAGGUGCUGGAGGCCUUUUAGAGACAGAAUUAAGAGCCAUUUUAUUAGGCGAGUUGACAGAUGCUGGCAGGACGUAAACAGAGGCGGUGAGGGACGGGAAGCUGGGACAGUUCCAGAGUGCCUGUGAGUGCCUGGCAUCUUACCAGAUGUCAGUAAAUAUUUUAGGGAGGAAAGGAGGUUUCCAAUUAGAAACCUUGUUACCACAAUGACAUUAAGUUAAUUCAUGAACAUUUGGAGAUGUAUUUAGACCUGGUAGCUCAGCAAAAUGCAGCCCUGGAUCAAAUCUGACCCACAAGCUAAAAAUGGGUCUUAUAUUUUUAAAUGGUUUCUAAAAACCCAGGAGGAAGCAGAGUAACAUUUCAUGACACGUGGAAAUUAUAUGAAAUUCAAAUUUCAAUGUCCAUAAAUAAAGUUUUAUUGGCAGACAGCUACACUCAUUUAUUUGCGUAUUAUCCAUGACUGCUUUCUGGCUACGACAGCCAAGUUGAGUAAUGACAGCAUGCAAAGCCUAAAAUAUUUACUCUCUGGUCCUUUCCAGAAAAGGUUCUCUGGCCCCUCUUGUAGACCUAAGGAGUCUGGGUGGCACAAGUGGUUUGGAAUCGGUUGCUAACCGAAGUUCAAAUGCAACAAGUAGCGCUGUGGAAAAAGGCCUGGUGUCCUGUUUCAAUAAAGAUUACAGCCACAUGGGGUCAACAGGAGUUGGGGCCAAUUCAAUGGCAGCUAAUAACUACAACUUCUAGACCUACACUGUUCCUGAUUUGCUUCCCCAAUAAUGGGUAGUAGGCUCUCAACAGAAAAUUCUGUCUUCUCAUUGUGAUGCUUGCAUGAUGGAACCUUGUACCACUGUCACUGACAUCAACUUUAUCUCACCUGAUGACGAAACAGUGAGUCCUUAUGCAAGUUUUGCGAUAUUGCAUAAUCACAGAGAUAAUGCUGUUGCAACGCUAUGCAUGAUUUAGAAACAUCUUGGCAUCUUGUGGUGUAGACGUGUCUGGUCUGAAAAGCCUCUUUCUGCUGAUGACGUCACAUUUGGCAUCUUCUUUUCUGCUGGACGAACAGGUGUGUUGGGACAGCACAAGGACUUGGAUCCUGACUGCUCUUGCCUGUAUAACUUGUCUACAUAACUCCUCAGGCCAGAUAUUGCUCUGCCACUGCAGCCUGAGGUGAGUUUUCUCAGUGUCCCAAGUAAAAGUGAAGUGAAUUAAUCCCCAGACCCCUUGAGUCCAGGGCCUGCUGAACUUGACAGUGGGAGACAAGUUCAAGCCCUGGAGCUGCCCUCUGGAGGUGUUCUAAGGGAGUCCAGUUGGGCCUGUGAAUGGAAUAAGGCCAGAUUCACGUGCAUAUUCUGUGCUUCAGGCUUCAGCCUUGAAACCAAGGCACCAUCCUCCCUGGCUCAGUGAAGAGAACUUUUCUGAGGCCCCAAACAGUAUGAGAGGCAGCAGAGAGACUGGAAAACAAACACGGAAACAAAAAUGGAAGCUAUGGCUUCUAACUAGACUCGGCUCCACACUCAAAUGUCAAAGCACUCCCGUUAUGGCUCGUCUACCUGUAACCUCAUCUCCUGCCGAGCCCCUUAGUCACUACACGUCACCACACUGCCUUCCUUUACUGCCCUUGGGUCCUUGCCUUUCCCUUAGCCUGGAAGGUUCUUUUGGGGCAGUACAGCUGGGUGGGUGCUGGAGCCAGUCUUUGGGUUACAAAGCCUCAUCUUAGCCAUUUUUUGGUUGUGUGACCUUGGGCAAGUUACUGAAAUUCCCUGGAGCCCAAUUUCCUUAACAGUAGAUUGGAGACUGUGGGGAUUAAAGGAGUUAAUAGAUGUGAAGUGCUUAGCACAGUGCCUGGCACAUAGUUAGCCCUUAAUAAAUACCAAUUUUAUGGUGCCCUGGUGACGCAGUAGUUAAGAGCUUGGCUAGAGGACAGAGCUUAACCGGAAACAGUUCCAACGCAAAAAAUCCCUGCCUCCCAUUUUGAUGCUGAACAGUUACUUGGACUCUAGCUGAUAACAAGGUCUCCUUAGGAGUAGACUUGUCUGAACCAUAGAGGUUGCCAGAACUACACUUUUUAAAAAACAGUGUACGCCUCUGCCUAGAUAUGCAGGCAUUUAAGGUGACAACAGUGAGCCCAUAGUUCUUUCCCUGUAUCAGGUUGGCAAGAGAAGGUAGACUGAGGUGAGGUUUGAGAACCCAUCAGCCACUCCUUGGAAACCCUACAGGGCAGUUCUACUCUGUCCUAUAGGGUCACUAUGAGUGGGAAUCGACUCGAUGGCAACAAGUGUGUUUUUUUUGUUUUGGGAUUACUCCAGCUGUCUACAUGGUUGGUUCAUCUUGGCUCAGAUUGCAGUGCCUCAGAGAGACCUCUCCUGACCUCACUGCUAACAGCAGCCUCUGCCAGUCACUAUCUCAAAACCCUGUAUUUAUCUUCAUAGCACUUAUCUCAAAUUUUGUUUACUUUUUUAAAAAACUUUUCCCCACUAGGAUGCGGUUCUGAGGCUAAGGGUCUUUUCUUGCUUACUGCUGUUACUAGAGAUACUUGAUAGUUAUUUCGUGAUGACUGAAGACCACAUUGCAACCAGAUGCUACCAGCACUAGUUGCUGUCAAGUCAAUGCCAACUCGUGGCAACCUCACGUGUGUCAGAGUAGAACUGCUGCGGAGGUUUUUCAGAGACAGAUUGGCAGGCCUUUCUUCCAAGGCACUUCAAACCUCCAACCUUUCAGUUAGCAGCCAAGCAUGUUAACAGUUUGCCCAACUAAGGGACUCCAACCAGGUGCUAAAACCAAAAAAAAAAAAACCUGUUGCCAUCCAGUUGAUUCCAACUCACAGCGACCCUAUAGGACAGAGUAGAACUGCCCCAUAGGGUUUCCAAGGAGCAGCUGGUAGAUUUGAACUGCUGACCUUUUGGUUAGCAGCCAAGCUCUUAACUGCUGUGCCACCAGGGCUCUAACCAAGUGCUAAGAGCCUUUAAAUUAAGGGAAUGGGGGACAAGAUUGUUCCAAAGAGUCUUCUGUUUCACAAAGCAAAUGACACUGAGAUGUCUUUCUAAAAAAAUUUCCAGAAAUACUUCAGUGUUCUGUCAGGACACUAAAGAGGUUCCCAUACCUAACCUCACUCUACUUUCUCUUGCCAGUCUGGUACAGGGAAAAAACUAUGGGCUCACUGUUGUUGCCUUAAGCACUUGCAUAUUUAGGCAGAGGUGUACACUAUUUUUUUUUUUUUGUACUUGAGUUUUCUUUUUUUUUUAAUUUUUGUAUUGUACUUUAGACGAAGUUUUAUAGAGCAAACUAGUUUCCCAUUAAACAAUUAAUACAUAUAUUGUUUUGUGACAUUGGUUGCCAACUCCACGACAUGUGAACACUCCCCUUCUCCAAUUUGGGUUCCCCAUUACCAGCUUUCCUGUCCCCUCCUGCCUUCUCGUCCUUGCCCCUGGGCUGAUAUGUCCAUUUAGUCUGGUUUUGUUUUAUGGGCCUCUCUAAUCUUUGGCUGAAGGGUGAACCUCAGGAAUGAUGUACACUUUUUUUUUUUUAAAGUGUAGUUCUGCCAACUUCUAUGGCUCAGACAAGUCUACUCCUAAGGAGACCUUGUUAUCAGCGAUAGAGUCCCAGGAACUGUUCAGCAUCAAAAUGGGAGGCAGGGAUUUUUAGCGUUGGAGCUGUUUGCUGUUAAGCUCUGUCCUCUAGUGGUAAUCAAACGUCACAACAAUGCAGCAUCUAGCUACAAUUCGGUUUUCAGAUAUUAAGCAUGAUAUUGUGCCGUGGCAUUAUAUUUACAGCUUCAGAAUGAAGGGUUUUGUUUACAAUAUAUAAACAGGCAAGUGCUUUUCAUUGGCUAUAUGACAGGUGAUUAAAUUCUAUUAGAUAAAUUAUUUUAAUAUUAGAAUUUUUGGUCUAAUGUUCUUGGAUGAAAAGCUCUAAAAUGCUGUGACACUGUAUGUAGAUUUUGAGGUGGCAGGGGUUGGCAUUUGGUCUGAAUUUUUACCUACAGUAGUCAAGGCAUUUCCUUGGAAGAAAUUGUACUCGAACUCUGAUUUGACAGCAGAAAAAAAUGGUAGCCUAGCAGAAAAAACCGGUUGCCAUCAAGUCAACUCUGACUCAUGCAGACACCUCCUAUUGUCGGAGUAGAACAUAGGCUUUUCAGUGGCUGAUUUGUCAGAGGUAAAUUGCCAGGCCUUUCUUCUGCAGCACCUACCUCCAGGUGAACUCGAGCCUUCAACCUUGUGCUUAGCAGCUGAGUGUAUUAACUAUCUGCACCACCCAGGGGCUCCUGCUUGGCAGGCAGGAAGCCAGUAUUAAGUGUGGCUGAACACUGAUACCAGUAUAAUAGAGACUGACAAGGGAGAGAGUGCGCCUGGGCUGACUGCAGCAGAAGAGAGCAGCAGGGGAGUCUUAGGGGGAAGCAGUAGGUACUGUCAUAUUUCUUGGAUGGGAAAAGAGUGAGGAAGCUUCACAUAUUUUUUGGAAGUUCUGAGAAGAUGGUCAAGCUGUUAAGAGAUCAAGGAGGCAGAAUUUAGGAAGAGUUAUUUACUUACUGCCAAAAUAAUAUGUCACUACCUACUGCUUUGCAAAUUGCUUUUUUCAUUGGCCAUUGUUCCAUUUUUUUAUUGUUCCAUAAUAACUAUGUGGCUCCGCCUCCUUCUUUUGAACGAUAUCUCAGUUAUCUAGUGCUGCUAUAAUGGAAAUACCAUAACUGGAUGUCUUUAACCAAUUUUUUCUUUCACAGUCUUGGAGGGUAGAAGUCCAAAUUCAGGGCGCCAGCUCCAGAGUAAGGCUUUCUGUCUUUGUUGGCUUUGGGGGAAAGUUCUUGUCAUCAAGCUUCCCCUGGUCUAGGAGCUUCUCAGCGCAGGGACCCCAGGUCCAAAGGUCAUGCUGUGCUCCCGGUGCUUCUUUCUUGGUGGUGUGAGGUCCCUCUCCUCUCUGCUUGAUUCUCUCUUUUAUAUCUCAAAAGAGAUUGACUCAAAAUACAACCUAAUCCUGUAGAUUGAGUCCUGCCUCAUUAACAGAACUGCCUCUAAUCCUGCCUCAUUCACAUCAUGGAGGUUAAAUAUAUUAUUUCAUACAAUGAAAUACUGGAUAGUCAUUUGUCAUGGAUUGAAUUGUGUGUUAUAGCCACAUUAGAUAACUAGGACAAGGGGAAACAGUAGGAAAGACAACCAGCUAAAUCUAGUUAGUCAAUGUUAGAUAAAGAUGAAUGCUAAGCAGAAAACAUACAUCAGAGCAAGGAGCUAUGAAAUGUUGGGGAAAGGAGGUAUUAAAUUUUAGGUAGGGUAGCCAGGGAAGACCUCACCAAGAAGGUGACUUUUGAGUGAAGGGGUGAGCUGUGUGCAAUGUCUAGGGGAAGAGGAAGCAGCAUAGACAACAGCAAGGAGGCCAGAGGGACUGAAGGGAGUGGACAUGAGUGAGGGUAGGAGAAGCUGAUGUGAGAGAGUAGUGAAAAGGAUAAGGGGGCAGAUUGCCUAGGGCCUUGUAUGCCAGAGUAAGGACGUUAAUGUUACUGAGAGACAGGGAGAGCCAUCUCAGGAUCACUUUGGCCAGCAUGUUGUUAACAGACUGCAAGGGGCAAGGGGCAGGGAGGCCAUUGUGGUUGUCCAGAUGAAGGAUGGUGGUGCUUCAGAUAUUGUGAUGGCAGUAGAGGUGGUGAGGAAGGAGGAUUUUGCAUAUGUAAUAUGAAGGUAGAGAGAGCCAUCAGGAUUUCCCAAUGGAUUGGAUGUGGGUUAGGAGAAAAAAGGAGUCAAGCACGAUACUGAAACGAUGGAGUUGCUGUCAACUGAGACAGCUUAGUGUGCAUUUAUGCAAGAAUGUCUGUAAGAUAAACACCUAGGAGUAGGAUGAUUGAGUGUUGGGUAAUAGGACAAAAUAAAACUUCUUGACAAUUAGGUGUAUUUUUCCCCCAUUCUUUCCUAAUUUUUUCACUUUCCAAAUUUUCUCCAAGAAGCAUUAUUGUUUUUACUAUGUUGUUGUUGUUAGGUGCCAUCAAGUCAGUUCCGACUCAUAGCGACCCUGUGUACACGACCUGGUCCUGUGCCAUCCUCACAAUCGUUGCUAUGUUUGAACCCAUUGUUACAGCCGCUUUAUUUACUCUAGAGAGCUACUUGUUGAGAAAUCAGUCUCCGUUGAGUCAGCCCUGACUCAUGAUGACCCCAUGUGUGUCAGAAUAUAAUUGUGCUCUGUAGGGUUUUCAAUGGCUGAUUUUUCAGAAGUAGAAUGCCAGGCCUUUCUUCUGAGGCACCUCUGGGUAGACUCGAACCUCCAACCUUUCAGUCAGCAGCCAAGAGUGUUAACCAUUUGCACUACCCAGGGACUCUAAAAAUAAAAACAUCCCUCUAUUUGUAUACCUUAGUCUACUCCAUAGGUAAGAUGCCGAAAACUGGUGUCUCAAUCAAAAUUAUGUAAAAUAAGUGGCUUAGAUAUAUUAAAGCAGAAGUUCUCACACUCUGGCCUCAGAACCCUUUCAAAAACCAACCAAACCCAGUGCCAUCGAGUUGAUUCCGACUCAUAGCGACCCUGUAGGACAGAGUAGAACUACCCCAUAGAGUUUCCAAGGAGGCCUGGUGGAUUCGAACUACUGACCCUUUGGUUAGCAGCCGUGGCACUUAACCACUACGCUACCAGGGUUUCCUCAGAACACUUUACACUCUUAAAAAUUACUGAGGACCGGAAAGGGAAUUAUUUAUAUGAAUUAUAGCUAUGGGUAUUUACUGUAUUAGAAAUUAAAAUGUAGAAUUUUUUUAUAAUGUUUAUUUAAUUCACUUUAAAAAAAGAAAACAAUCAUAAACUCAUAAAGAAGCCCUGGUGGUAUAGUGGUUAUGCACUCAGCUGCUAACCAAAAGGUCGAUGAUUCGAACCCACCCAGCGGCUCCUUGGGAGAAAGAGGUGGCAGUCUGCUCCUGUAAAGACUACAGCCUUGGGAACCCUAUGGGGCAGUUCUGUUCUGUCCUACAGGGUCUCUAUGAGUCAGAAUCGACUCAAGGGCAAAGGGUUAAGUGCAUUAUAUGCAAACAUAAAUAACAUAUCUCUGUAAAAAUAAUCAUUUUCCAAUACAAAACAAAAUUUUGUGAGAGGAGUAGGCUGUUUUAUUUUUCCAAAUCUCUUUAGAAGACAGCUGGUUUCUCUGACCUGCUUCUGCAUUCAGUCUAUGGUAGUAUGUCGUUUUGGUUGAAGUCUGAAGAAAAUCUGGCCUCACAGAGAUAAUCUAGUUCAAAAAGGGAGGAGUAUGUUCAUCACCUUUUCAGAUAUUUAUAGAUAUUCUUAGAUACUAAAAAUUCCAAAGGUAGUAAUUCUUUAAGGUGAAUUGCAGGAUGGAACCUGAAACUGUAUCCAUGAACUUUUCUUGCUUUAGCACCUUGCAAUGCAUUGAUCUGCCUUGCAAUUUGAACAGAUUCAUGCAUGAUUUUGUACCAUCAUUUGAAAAAUACCAGUGUACUGAGUUACACAGAUCUCCCAAAUGUUAAGAUAGUUCACUAUACAAUAUCAAAAACUCAAAUUCGCUAAUAUCACCACCAGUCUCCUCAAAAAAAAAGUUUUCAAAGUACUGGGAAUGUGUCAAAUUCAUGGUGGUGAAUACAGGUUUCCCAGAAGUCUAAUUUUUCCUUGAAAAGCUCGGCUUUUGUCAUUGGCAAUGAAUACUGUCAGUUGUUUUCCUCAAAGUGACAGACUUACUUCGUUCAUUUUCGAGAAAAUAUCUGCCAGAUAAUGAAGUCUGAAUAACCAUCAUUUGUCAGACAUUCUUUCAAGUGAAAAUGGCGUUCCGGGAAAAAGUAGCUAGUUCAGCUUUUCCCUAAGACAACCACAGCGCUUGGGUAUGCAGCUCAAGCUCUGUAUACCUAUGUCCCAUUUCAUCACCCAGAAUAUUAAGGAGACCUAUACUCAAAGGUCAGAAACCCUAGUGGCGUAGUAGCUAAGUGCUACGGCUGCUAACCAAGAGGUUGGCAGUUCAUAUCCGCCAGGCGCUCCUUGUAAACUCUAUGGGGCAGUUCUACUCUGUCCUAUAGGGUUGCUAUGAGUCGGAAUUGGCUCGACGGCAGUGGGUUUGGUUUUGGUUUGGUUUAUACUCAAAGGUCAAGAUUGAAUAAAAUUAGGAAUUCUUACUGCUUCACCAAGCACAUUUUUAAGUGGAACCGGAUUAUUUAUUUAUUUAUCUUUUACUGUGAAUGCAUGGCAGAGAAAAAUACAACUACUAUUGCCAUUUGGUGUCCCUGCCAUGCUUUGUGCUAAGGCACUGGCAGUUUUACCCAUCAUUGACCAUGAGUGCGAAUGUCAACCCAGGAGAAAAGGCAAAAGAUGUCUCAAUAUUAUUGUGAAAAUAAUUUUGACUUCGCAGACCCCCUGAAAAGUGUCCGGCACCCUUGUGGAACCUCAGAACCUUCUUUGGGCACUGCUGUGCUAGAGGGUUAUGCUACUUUGUUGUUAUUGGGAGCCAUUGAGUUGAUUUGGACUCAUGGCAACCCCAUGUGACAGUAGAACUGCCCCAUAGGGUCUUCUAGGCUAUAAUUUUUAUGGGAGCAGAUCUCCGGGUCUUUCUCCUGUGACUUAUGAGCCUUAAUAAAGCUGUGGAAACACAUAGAACACAAAUAAUCACCCCGUUUAUCUAAAUGCAUGUUUUUUUCCAGCUAAGAUCUUUUUUUAACCCAGCUUGCCCAGUAACUGUAUUUUUGCCUUUGAAGAUACUGAUUAUUAAUAUAGAAAAGUCAUUAAAUUUUUAUUUAAAAAUCAGAAAAAGAUUGAGAAUCUGCCUUAGAAGAAAGGGCUCUUGCUUGGGGAACUAUACAGUCCGGUGGGUUGCGAAACCUCAAUAAAUACUAACUCUAUUUAAUGUAAUUGAGUUGUUGCUCUUUAUAUACUGUGAAGAGCUGGACCAGAAUCAGUUGUCGUUCUGCUCUAAUUGCUUUCUAUUAAAACCGUGAAAACCCCAAGGCUUGGUGAGUCCAAGGCCUGGAUUAUGGCAAAGAUGCUGUUUGGAUGUUAAAUUGCAGUCAAGAGAGAGAUUUAUUUAAGGGACAAAUUUACUUGGGGCAGGCUGAAAGUGAACGUUCUCCUGAUUAUUCAGGUUUCAUUAAUUACUCGUUCUGUGCUCCCAGUGUGGAGUAGCUGGGGAGCUCCAUCCCGGCCUUUAUGUGAAUGAAGAUAAGGAUGUGUCAGGCCCUGGGAAUGAGAACAUGCUGUUGGCCCUUCCAGGCAAUUUCCUUUCGAGUCCCGGCUCUCUCCAGAUGGCAUCUAAUUGUUUCUUGAAUGACCUCAGUGUCCAGGCUGCAGAAACCUGGUCUCAGAGGCCAUUUCACAUAUUUAUUAGCCUGUGGAUGAGAAUGUACUUUAUAAAGCCCCCAUUCAUGCUCUCAAAAGAGCUUUUUGUGCAGAAGAAAUGACGAAGCUGAUGGACUGUUUCCUGUGGCCACCAGACUGCAGUUGGGUUUUUCUUUUUCCCAGGCUCAGGUGGGCGUUUCCCAAAGAGGACUGUGUGAUCCUGCUGAGCCCAUCAUUCCCCAGCUUCCUCUAUCUUCUCGUGGUCUUCUCUGGAAAGAGCUUGGGCAGAAUAGGGUCAUGUCAUGUUGCCUCCUGCUUUGCAGAGCAUCUCAGGAUUACUUAAGCAGACCGUAAGUGGUGUGAAUUGGGAAUUCCUGCAUUCUGUGAGCCUCUCCCCAUUUGGCUUCCCAGGUGGUUCACUGCUUGGGAAAGUGAGACGAUCCUUAGAACUGAAGCUGGAACCAGCUCAAUCUAGUCAAGGGGUGGCAAGGCUGGUGACCCCAAAGAGGAGUGUAACCUUAAUGCGGCAUGUCAUGCCUCAUGCCUCUGUGGUCCUGAACUUUUUUUAGGAGGGGUCCCUACCCUUCUGCAAAUAUGAACUACGACUUCUCCCCCUAGAAAUAUACAUGCAGACUUAUUGUACUUCUAAUUUCCUAGGUGUUUGUGGAACUCAGAUGGAGAAUCUCCGUGUUUCUGCAAACGUUCACAGGGCCCCUAUCACAUUCAGGCAUUGAGCUGGGCACUGGGGUGAUGAAGAUGACUCCAACAUGGGUCCCAGGGCUGACAGACAAAGACAUGGGUCAUUUUAAUGGAUGUUUGGAUAGCAGAAUACUGGAAGGCAGGAUUAGAGCUAGGAUCCUCACUAGGGUAAAUAGAUCAAUAACAAUGGAAGAAGAGUCCUUAUGGGGCUACGUACAGUGAGAACUGGUGUUUCUAAGCUCCUUUAGACUGUGUCCAACUAAGGACUAUCUAAGGAGCAAAUUUGGGAAGACCUGAACAUAAUUUGGGGAUGGCACAAUUUUUUUUUGUUCUGGAAAGAAAUAAUGAGAGUUUCCUCAAUAGGUAAUCCUGCCUGGUUAAAUCUCACCUGCCCUCAUUAAGGGACUAUCUCGCCAGUCCUCUGAAUCAGGUUCUAUCUAUGGCUUUCCACAUAACAGAAUAGCCUUUCGGAAAUGUCCUCCAGGAGUUUAGGAUGGCACUGUUGCUUGGGUAAGCAGGGCUGAAUGAACUGUUUGUUAGUGGGUUCCCAUAGCCUGGGAGGAGUGCUGGGUGUGGAAGCAAAAGUCGCACCUACACUCAAUGGCAUAGGACAUUCCGACUUCAUGAUUUCUUCUCCUUUUUCCUUGAGGCAAACUCGUGUCUAUUGUACCCUUGAAAACUCAAGAUAAUUCAGUUCUUUCAUGGAACUUCCCUGCAAUAAAUAGGUUGUGAAACACAAUUAAUUUUCACCCAUCACUGAAACAUGAGUAUACAGCUCUAUUAUGAAUGGGCGCAUAUUAUACAUGUUUUCGUGUUGCAUCAGUUUACGUUGGCUCUUGUUUUAGAAUUUCUCAGGUACAAGGAACACAUCUUACGUGUAUAAAAGAGCCCAAUAUGUUGUGUUACUUUUCAAUCUCAAAUUUUACCUAAUCUUACACUGCUGGGAAAGGUAGGAGUGGAGUCACCUGAGUUGAUGGCUGUUUCCAAGAAGGAAAACAUCUUUAGGACUCUCAGUCUCUCACAUCUGCUUCUCUCAUCGUGUUGGCUGCAUUCUCUCAGAACAGCUUUUUCAUGCAUUAGGAGCACAUGGUAGUAGUCUGCGCUAGGCUUAUAAUCUUAAAGUAUAUGGUCCAAGGGGAAAAGGAGACCUCUCCUAUUAGCUCUAGUUUGAAAAAUUCCAGGGAAGGACUCUGAUUGGCCUGACUUAGGUCACGUGUCUGCUCCUGGGCUAUUCAGUGGUCAGUAUUUUGAUUGGCUCACAUGUCCAUUACAUAUAUGAACAUACAUGCUAUCUAGUAAAGCUUUUAAAUAAAAUAACCACCACAUGCUACUUACAUCAUUUUUCCUUCAGAAUUUUCAGGAAUCAGAAGUACAUUAGGUUAUAUUUCUAAUUUCCUCUGUCUACCCAAGGUUACCCAAGGUUGGUUAUUGUUGUUAGUUGCCAUCAAGUCACCUGUGACUCUUGGUGGCCUGAUGUGACCCCAUGUGUGCAGAGUAGAACUGCUCCAUAGGGUUUUCAAGGCUGUGACUUUUCAGAGGCAGAUCACCAGGCCUGUCUUCCGAGGCACCUCUGGGUGGGUUCGAGCUGCCAAACUUUCAGUUAGUAGUUGAGUGUUUAACUGUGCCAUUCAGGAUACAUAUCUGAAAGUUGGCACGUGAAUGCUGGGUUUUUGUUUUUAAUCUUUUCAACCCUUAAACCCGUCUUUCUCUAGUUUGUCUCCUUCAUGGUUUAUAUGUGCUGGAUAUCCACUGCCUCCCAGUUUAAUUGUCAGAUCCAUUGCCAUUACAGACAAGUUAUAGGUGGGGAGACUCCAGAGGGGCUGUGGAGCCCCCUGUGAUUUACAGCUUGGCCUUGGGACCUGGUCCAACCCUGAGACCUGGUAUUCCUGGAGAAUAAUCCCUGUGGGUUCCUGCUGCUCUCCCUAGUAUCUCCCCCUUUCCCCAUCCAGCCCUCCCACCUCUUUGGGUACACGCUGCAAGGCCAGGCAUUGCAUUGUCCUUUGAACCACUGGCAAAAGGAAUCCAUCGUCCUUACCUUGGGCAAAGGCUUAUCUUCUGGAUGUCACUUCCACAGGCAGCAUUGUGUAUGGCAGCUGACUGCCUUAGGAAGUGAAGAAACUGGCUGGUGACCAAUACUGUCCUUUCCAUGUAACACAGCCAUCAGAGUCAGCCUCUUCCUAUGGAGAAACAGGAACAGUUCAUGACAUCAUGUAUGACAAGGGCUCUCCCCUUGCCCGCCAGUCAACACCAUGUGCAAUACGGCUUUGCCGAUUCCUGGUUCUUCCCAGAUUCUGGCCUCAGCGCCCAUCUGUACCCCCCUACCCUUUCGCAUCAGUUAUGAACGGGCUGGGAUUUUUCAGACCAGACUUUCUGUCUCUGUUGCCAAGAAUAUCUGUCACUAGGUUGGAGGGAGGGGGUUGUUGCAACAGCCACGAUGCUACCUUUUGGAUUUGCACAAGAUAAGGUACUCCUGGCAACCAGGUGUUCUCCAUGGUUCCAUGAUCACAUCCAACAGGGCCAGCCCUUCUGAUUCAUUGUUUUAAUUAUUCACUCUAAGAACAGUUUGAUCUGACAUGUGAAAGAAACGAAGAUAAUAAUACCUGUUUGCUCGUGUAUUAAAUGAGACAAUGUGGUCAAAGUUCUCUGUAAUGUACUGUCUAAAUGCUGGCUGUGGGGUACCUUGCUCAUGGGGUGAGGUUGAGAGGGGAAGAGAUUGUGGUGAUUUACUGCAGUCUCCUCGGGACACACCCCUGAAGUCUCCGGUUGGGGAGGAGGAGCUGAGGGUAAAAGUUGUCACUCUUACGCAUUUACUAAUUAUUGUGCGCAAACAAGGCCCUUCUACCAGCUGGGAGAAGUGGUUCCCUUCCUCUCACAGGUGUUUAAAGCCACUAAAACGACUGUAAGGAAAGGUGAAACUGUUUGCCUCAAGGCUAUGUAUUUCUUCUUUUCACCAGCCACAGCCCUGAAAAGGCCUGAUCUUAUCCAAGGUAAAAAUCAGUUGCCUUUGAGUUGAUUCUGACUUACGGUGACGCUGUGCGUGUCAGAGUAGAGCUGUGCUCCAUAGGGUUUUCAAUGGCUGAUUUUUCAGAAGCAGAUUGCCAGGCCUUUCUUCCAGGGUGCCUCUGGGUGGACUCAAACUGCUAACCUUUUGGUAAGCAGCCAAGCCCAUUAACUGAGUGUAUUACCCAGAGACUUCUUAUCCAAGGUUGUUGUUAAUAGAUGCCGUCGAGUUGAUUUUUACUCAUAGUAACCAUAUGUGACAGAGUAGAACUGCACCAUAGGGUUUUCUAGACCAUAAUCUUUAAGGGAGCAAAUCACCAGGUCUUUGUCCCUCGGAGCCACUGGGUGAGUUCCAACCACCGACUUUUUGGUUAGAGCUGAGUGCUUAACCGUUGCACCCCGCAGGGCUUCUUGUAGCCAAGUGCUUUGUAAGUCCUUAGUGGCAUCCAUGACAAACAGAGUAUUUGCCUCCUUUCUCUGUCUACUAUAAAGACCGAGUAAGACCAUCGGGAAGACACCUCUAAGAGCCGCUGCAGGUUUUUUGAUCUUUGAGACAGGCCUGGCAAUCUGCUUCUGAAAGGUCACAGCCUUGAAAACCCUACGGAACGGUUCUACCCUGCACACACGGUGUUGCCACGAGUAGAAAUCAUGUGCUAACAAGAAGUCUUUGAAAACUGGGUAAAAGCUUUGGACCUGCCUCUUCCAUGAACAGAUACUUGCACAAGGGUUUAUAUACAUUUAUAUAUACAAUAUAUCUACAAUCCCAGCGGCUCAUGGAAGCCCCGCCCCAUGUCCAAGUUAUGAACCCCUGGUCUGGACUGAUUCUCGUAGCUCUUUUUCAGGUGCUGAAUCAUCCAAUAUGUCACUCAGAAGAUAAUGCCCAUAAGCAGUCUAUGACUGUGAAAAAAGGAUAUUUUCCAAAUGAAAUAUUUAGUUUUUAGGUGUCUGGAGUUUGCUGGAAAACAGAUACACAGGGAUUAAUAAAAUCACUUUUCUGUUUUACUUGGGUCAGCUUUCAAGGCUAGAAUGGUAGAGUUAGUCCUGACUCCACCCCUCUGCUGGUGCUGGCUCUUUCUUCCACCCCUGGGCCUCUGCCUCCUUGGGCAUUCCUUGCAGGCUUGUUCAUCCACUCAGACACUUGGCAGCCUUUCUAGGCAGGCACAGUGGGAGAUGGGGGCGGGGCGGCUAUGGAAAAAUGCGCUGUAACUCUGUAACUCUGGUGGAUUCCUGCCAUUAGGGGCAAGAGAGGAGGAGGUCCAGACAGAAGGCAGCACCGGAGAGGGCAGCUGGGCAGAGCAGACACAGGAUCCAAGGGGCUGUGCCAGGCAUGGCUCUAAUUCUAGAAAUGGCUGGUACCAGGGUACCCAGUAAUAAUGGGCCAGUGAAGAAUAAUGGAGUCAGGCACGCCGGACACGUUUCUCUGGGGAAUCUAGACACACGUGGAAGAUCCGGCCCCAGGGCAGGGGCCUGGAGGGCUAGGCAAGGGGAGGGGCUGCAGGACAUCCAAUCAGAACAGAGGCUAUAGCCCAGUUUUGCAGCCAGCUGGGUAUGGGGGCAAUAGAAAAGGAGGGGUGCAGCUCAGAUCUGUGUGGCAGGCCUCCCAGAUCCCCAGGCAGAUGGGCUGGGACAAUACGUGGUGACAUGAGAACUUGGUACUGUGGAUGGACCUCAGGAGUCCCCUGGGUGAGGGCCAGGUGGGCAGGUGCAGUAGACACACAUGCUGCCUGUUAAAACAAACAGCUCCUAAAAUGACAAGGACUCUGGAGUAGAAAAUCAUCUGAGACAGCUGAACAAGUGUGACUAAAACCGUGUGUGUGGUUUUAAUAUGCUGUUUUAAAGCAUAAAGCUUAAGAAAAAAAUUUUUAAACUUCUCACUGCUUUCAAGGUUCAAGAGCCCCGUAAGUACCAGCUGGGAGCUGGUCAGUGGUCAGCGGUCAGCGGCUAUCCACACUCCCGUUGUGGAAGCAUGGCUCCUGCAGGCCAGACCUUCCUCUGACAUUUAGGCUGUGGCUGGGCACGUGAGCCUGCAGGUGCAGGGAGAGGGUGUGUUGUCCCUGCUCACGUUUGCUGAGUGCCUACUGCAUGUCCGGCACUAGGUUUCUUAUGUGUUAGCUCACGUAAUCCUCAAAACCUGGUAAGCGUGAGGCAGAAAUGAAGGCUCGGAGAGGUUAAGAACUUUCCUAAGGUCACCCUGCCAGUUAGUGGCAUCGUGGAGACUUGGACCUAUUCUGGUUGUCCUCUACUCUCCUACCUCCUAGGUUGUGUUCCCAAACCACUUUGGAGACAUGCAGAGAUCUGCCUCCCAGCCCAGUUUUGGAAGAUGUCAUUUUGCAGAAGUGCUUGUGAGAUGGGGGAGUGGCAGUGGAGAUGGGAGACAGCAUAGCUGUCUGGCCUUGUAGUGCCCCUUGACCCAUUUCUGCAGCACGGAGAGGCCUCUGAGGGGCUUUGUGGUCCAUGCCUAUUAGUUGUUUACCUAGCCCCUACUUACCAAAAGUGAAAGAAAGGGGAAGGAGAAAAGCAUACAGCAAAGAAAAACUAGUAGCAAAGAUGACAAGAGAAAUUAUUACACUGCCUGCACUGGUGAGUAUAGAAGAAAAGCUGGCAGGUGGAUGGCGAACCAUCUUAGAUAGUAUAUUACUUUCCUGAGGCUGCUGAAACAAAGUACCACAAGCUGGGAGGCUUGAAACAGAAAUUUAUCCUCUCAUAACUGUGGAGACUAGAAGUCUGAAAUCAAGGUGUCGGCUCUCUCUGAAGGCUCUAGGGGAGAAUCCUUCUUUGGCUCUUCCAGCCUCUCGUAGUCCUAGGCAUUUCUCGGCCUGUGGCAGCUUAACUCUAAGUCUGUCUCCUUAUGUGUCUUUGUGUCUCUGUGAAUUUUCCCCUCUUUUGAUAAGGAUAAGCAGUCAUAUUGGAUUAGAGUCCACCCACUCCAGUGUGACCUUACGUUCACUAAUUACAUCUACAGAGAUGCUGUUUCCAAAUAAGGUCACAAUCACAGGUACCAGGGAUAGGACUUCAAUAUAUCUUUUGGUGGGGGGGACACAGUUCCACCCGUAACAGAUACAUAAGACUCCCAGAGGUGUAUAGAUGGGCUUCAGGCGAUACAGAAAUCUCCUGAGAUUAUAUGUAAAACAUUACAAGGAUGUGCUUUUUGUUCUGUGAGGUGAGUCCGUGGUUUUCACAGAAUCCCGAAAGAAGGUUGAGACUGCCGGAAAGUCUGAAUCUGUCUGAGAGGUUGCAAUUAUGCCCUGUGCGUGUUCUUUUAAUUACCCCCUACUGCUAAAAACAGAGAAUGGAGCUUCUAUAAUUUAGGAAUUCUGGGGUGAAUCCAGGAAAUAAGGCAGCAGUGGUGCGGUGUGCGUGGGGCAGAAUGUAUGUAAUAAUAUGAGAAAGAAAAAUCAGGACCAGGUGCUCCCCAGAUUUUGUGCCACCUUAUUCAACUGUCUGAUUUUAAUAGCUGCUGCGAGAGACAGGAACUUGUAGGGGAGGGGGAUGUAAGGCUCAGUGGAGUGAAGUCUGUUUGUGAAGGCAACACUUAGUCUCUUUGUUUCUGUGCUGGGCAGAUCGAUAUCCCUUCCGGACAGAGACCAUUUAACAGCCAUACUCUUUCAUCCCCUUGAGGAAUUUGGGGGAAACUGUCAGACUGAGAUCUGUGCAGCAAACCCUCCUAAAUGCAGCCUCUGUGUUCGCCAGUGCAAGUGAACGUCUUGUCUACAGCACUACACAAAUCAGCCUGGAGUCCAGUUUGCAUUCCUUCUGGAGCAGGAAAUAAAUCAAAUUUGCAUAUAGGAAAAUGUGUUGCACUGUCUUUGGCAGCUUCUGUAGCUGCUCAGUCUGGCGUGAAGAGGAGGUGACCUCUCCCCUGAAAUCUUCUCCUGCUUUCUUUGAUGGUUUCUCAGCUCUUCCUCCUUGAGCCCUGCUGCUUUUUAUGUGAGGUGUGUGCUUGGAGAUACAUGAGCUUCUCACCUGCCAUUGCGCCUCCUGGUUUACUGGGUUCAGGAUCAUGCAGGGACCGGGCAGGUGCCUGGGGAAGCAGGGUUGCUGAGAAACCUCAUCCUUCUUUUUCCUCUGCCCAGAGCUUCCCAGGCACUUGCCACGUUGCUCUUCAAGGCUCUGAGCCUGCAGCGGGUGUCCUCAGAUAUUUAGGUCUUCGCUGUCAUACGAGGCUGGUGCCCGACUGAGCGAGUCCAGAUAUGAAUUUAGUCUUUCCCUAGUUCCUGGGGCAAUGGGGGCAGUGGCAAAAUUCUCCUCUUCCAUGCAAGAGAUCUGGUUGCUGUGAUGCUUGAACAGAUUUCAGCAGAUUUUCUAGACUAAGCCAGACUAGGAAGAAAGGCCUGGCGAUCUGCUUCCAGAACUCAGCCGUGGAUCACAGUGGUCCGAUCAGGGGGAUGGCACAAGACUGAGCCAUGUUCCUUGCGUUGCCGGUGGGUUCACCAUUAGUCAGGGGCCACCUCGACAGCAGCUAACAGCAACAACAUCAUCAGCCUUACUCCCUAGUUCGUUAAAGCUGCCUUUUGUUUACCGAGAGUCAGAUCACUGGGGUUUAGUGGAGACCAAAAGCCAGGAAGGAACGAGCAUUCUGGGGGAUGAAGAAUCUCGGGGGUGGCUGUGUGCUGAUCAUGAUGCCUGGUAUUCACCCCCUGACAGUCUCUUCACUGUGGCUACGAGGACGAGCCAGACCUUGCAGCCUUGGACUAGUGCCCUCUGAUUCAAAGCCUGCCCCCACCCCCCGGCAGUGUCAUUGCCUGCAGGACUGCUUGAUGACCCCGAGUGGCUCAGUGCCUGCAAGGUUGAUGUCUUGAUUCUGGGGUGGCUUUGGUGAGCAGAGUUGAGGGUACCGGCGGCAUGGUUUCCCUGGCUGUCCUGAAGCAGUGAAAAGCAGAUACCUGGUAGGCAUAUCUUUCUCCCCAUGCCCCCCAACCAUGCCAUGUCAGUGGGUAUAUGGCACUUUUGGGAAAGGGGCUCGGUGCUCUCUUUCUACACCUCUCAGCAGAGGGGCUGCUGCUGAAAGGAAGCAUGUCCCUGUGAAAAUGGCUGACAGGCGGCUCCUGUUUCUAUGGUUACUCGGUAGAACGGGUUAGCAUUAGGGCUGCCCAAGGAAAAAGGAAAAACUGGCAUUGAGGCCAACGCCUGUGCAGGGGGUCUUCCUCCCGCCUGCUUUAACUGUCCUCCCCCGCACCACCAGGUGGAAUGGCCAACAUAUUUGACCCGGGGCUAUGGGAAUUUCCUUCAAGGGUUCAACUGAUUGCCAUGGAUUUUUUCACAGGUGGAAGAAGCAAUCCCCUCAGAUGGCCAGAGGGGGUCGCUGGAGAGCACCCAGCAGGACCUUUUCAUGAGCUCAGUGCUGCCCCCUCCGCCUCUCACUCCUUCCAGUUCCUGGGAUUGCCCUGUUGUUGGGUACCUUGGAGUCGAUUCCGAUUCACAGCGCCCCUGACAGAGGAGAACUGCCCCAAAGGGUUUUCUAGGCUAUAAUCUUUACGGAAGCAGAUCACCAGGUCUUUUCUCCCGUGAAACCGCUGGGUUGGUUCGAACUGCCCACCUUUAGGUUAGCAGCGGAGCAUUUAAUCAUUGCACCACCAGGGCUUCUUGAGAUUGCAUUGGAAACACUGAUCCCUGUCCCCAGAAGGGCGUGGUAUUUAGGAAAGCCUGAAUCCAAAUUUGAUUGGUCCUAAAUCACAUGUACCAAAUCAUCAAAAUGUGACCCCUGCCCAAGUCACAGCCUUUCCAUGGGGGCUGUGUAACAGGUUUAAUUAUAAAACUUGAAAGAAAAAAAAACCUCUUAUUUGGGCCCACAGCAUGAUUUUGUUCCCACGUGAUCAGAUAAUGGGUUUUGCAAUCAAAGGCAGGAGCCCCUGGUCCUUUGUCCUCUGCUGAGUGACACGCUGUUUUGGUCCUCCAUGUAACUAGAAUAGAAUAAUAAUUGUGGGGAGAAUGUGAGGGAAUUGAUCAGUGUGGGUAGGAUGCAUUUAAAAGCAUAACAAGUGAAGGGCACUUUGCAAAUUCAUGCCAUUAUCAUCUUUGCUUGCAAUAACAGCACGCUAUUUUAGUCUCUCUCCUUGGCUGUCUCAGGAGAAAAUUGAUUAAAACUUUUGAGUGCUCCUUCAGAAAUUUCUUUCAGCAUGCAACAAAAAUAAAAGAUGCUUAAGAAACAGUUACCUAAUAAGAUUAGUCCAUUCUUUAGUCCUGAGGGAACAAAUUCUUGGGGAUUUUGGAGGCAUUUUUUAGAGUAAACAGGGAAAGCCUCAGGUGACAAGAGCUGUGAUUCAACAGUGACCUGAAUGUCUUUUUGUUUUGCUUUUGCCCUGACUUUGGAGCAGUUGACUACAUAAUUCUAUGUAAUUUACAUGUCUGAGUUAUUUGCAUAUUUACUUUCAGGAAUGCAUUUCAUUCACGAUUUCUGGGGAGAAGGCAUCGGGAAUUCAGAGGCCUUGGGCUGACUAAACCCUGGUGGUGCAGUGGUUAAAGUGCUUGGCCCCUAACCAGAAGGUCAGCAUUUCAAACCCACCAGACACCAGACACUCCAUGGGAGAAAGAUGUGGCAGUGUGUUUCCACAAAGAUUUACAGCCUUGGAAACCUUCAAAGGGCAGUUCUACUCUGUCCUACAGGGUUGCUAUGAGUCCGAAUCGACUUGACAGCAGUGGGGUUAGUUUGGUUUGAAUUUCUGUGCAGAAUUUAAUAAAAUGCUUCCCUUCCUUCCCUGGGCCUGGGAUGAUGUUUUUCUAGACUCUUGGGGAGUUUUUUUUUUUUUUAGCUUAGAGGAGCUUGUUAAACCAGUUGCCAUUGAGCCAUUUCCGAUUCAUGGUGACCCCAUGUGUGUCAGAGUAAAGCUGUGCUUCAUAGAGUCUUUGAUGGCUCAUUUUUUUUUCCGCCAGGCCUUUCUUCUCAGGUGCCUCUGGGUGGACUUGAACCUCCAACCUUUUGGUUAGCAGCCAAGCUUGUUAACCAUUUGCACCAUCAGGGACUGAAGGAGCUUGUUAUUUCCUGCCAAAUAGGUGAAAAUGAGGCCCCUUACCUGGUGGCUCUUGGCCUGCUUGGUGAGUCAUAAGCUGCUGAAACCAUAUGAACUUAGGGCUGUUCAUGUGGAUGUACCCUUUGAAUCCCAUAUAAAGGAAAUGAAGGCAAACAAAGAAAAGUUUCCCAUGGACCCCGUACAUGGACCUUGGAGGACAGUAUUGACCCACGAGCUGGAUCAUCUCCAAGGGCUCUUCCAGCUCAAAAACGCUUUGAGCUCUACCACCUUUCGUGCUUGCUUCCAGGUCCUCUCCUGGUGCCCAAGACUACAAAUCUGACCUCCUAAAAUUAUGAAUUUAGGUGGAGGAGGAGUGAGGAGAAAACCAGUGGAAGGAGGAGAAAGAAUGCCAGUUCUCCCAUCUGUUCCUGUGGCAGUAGAUCCUUUGUAGCUUCAUCCCCACUCCCAACGUGUUUAUUAGGCUGAGUUUCUGCCCCUUCCGGUGGAUGGGAAAUCCGUGGCCCCUAAGCCCCUCAUCUGAGCACAGAACUUCUCACUGGACAUUGAACAAUUUCCUAUUUUUCAAGCUGACUUGACCUAAUCGAAAGGCCAAGGUCUCCCAAGGAUUUGACACUAAUCCUGUUGGAUAUUUCUCAUACCUCCCUCAGGCCUCAUCUGGUGUUAUUCCUUUCUGGACUGAAUAGGUUCUGUUUCUUCCCAGUUGCAAGUUUCUGCCUGUGUGAGGUUUUAGAAGACUUUGGGACACAUUCCAUUUUUGAGUGGCUGAAGCCACAGCGAGUUAAUAUUUGGAACUGUAGGAAGGGAAGAGCUACAGGCAAAAAUCUGGGUUUGAUAAAAAAACAGAAUUGUUGUGUAUCCACCGUAACUGGAAUGAAAGAAGAAAAGCAAUUACCUUCCCCUAAAUAAAGGUAUUGGGGCCUCUUGGUAGGGGUAAAGGCCUCUUACCGCAGGGGAAUCUAGAAAGACCAUGCGUGGCUGCAGUGGACUGAAGGUUUGUGCGCUAGAUCUUGGUUAGGCAGAGUGGGUAAUUACAGUGAAGAUGGGUAAUUACAGUGAAGUAUUUAAAGUGACAGGGGAGUGGGACAAACAGCUGAGUCAGAAGAGGGUACACAGCCUCCCAACAGACUGUAGGGCCAGGUGGGGAGGGAACGGGCGUUCAGAGUGUUUGCUGACAGACUUGCUAAUUAAACACCAAAAGGCAAUGUUGCUUUGCCAGUAGAGAUGGCUGUGCCAACGUUAUCAGCUGCAAACUGACUGCCAGAAGCAUCCUAAUUAAAAAUAAACAGCUCUGGAGGUGGGCGUGAGAGAGUGGGGGUAGAGGUUGUGCCUGCAUCCUUAGGGCUUCUUCAGGAGUGCUCCUAGGGAGAGUCACGCCCUGGUCACUUUUAGGCCACCUCCUUUCCUCAAAGGAGUCUCUGUCCCGUAGCAAGCUGGUGUGAUGUGCACAACUCCCCCUGCUUCCGUAAUCUGCCAGGUGCUGGGGUGACCGGCAAACAGUCAAAGCCACUCGGAGCAGAUUGCAUGGUGUGCUUCAACCCUGAGAAGGAAAGGCCGCCUGGGGGGUUAAUGAUUUCUGCUCAGUCUCUAAACUGAGGGGACAGCUAAAGCCCAGAGCCUCUGCUGAGAGGGGUUAGAAUUUCAUCAGAAAGCAAGGCUGGUCACAUGAGAAUUUCUGGCACCCGUGUGUAUGGCAGGCUGGACACCAGCCUGCCAGAAUUGAGUGAGUGCAUCGUGUUGGCUUGAGCUGAGGGGAAAAGUCCCAGACUGGCCUGGGAGAAAGAGCCGGCUCCCUCCCAGCCCGGCGACUGCGGGCAGGACUGAGGCUCUAACGCCCUAAGCCUCCUUUCUUUUAACCCUAAGGAAAGUGUGUGGUCCCGGGGAAGGACGAUUAAAGAUGCCUAAGGAAUGCAAUGCUUUCCACGCCCUCUCGGCAGCCCUGUGCUGCUUCUAUCACCGCAAGUCUUUCAUUGGAGUCAAGUUCUCCAAGGAGAGGCAUGCCAUGGACAGGACCCCUGAGAGGCUGAAGAAAGAGCUGGAGGAGGAGCUGCUGUUGAGCAGCGAGGACCUGCGCAGCCACGCCUGGUACCACGGCCGCAUCCCCCGACAGGUGUCAGAAAACCUCGUGCAGCGAGAUGGUGACUUCCUGGUCCGUGACUCUCUAUCCAGCCCCGGAAACUUCGUCCUGACCUGCCAGUGGAAGAACCUCGCUCAGCACUUCAAAAUCAUCCGGACGGUCCUGCGGCUCAGUGAGGCCUACAGCCGCGUGCAGUACCAGUUUGAGAUGGAGAGCUUUGACUCCAUCCCCGGCCUGGUGCGCUGCUACGUGGGCAACCGCCGGCCCAUCUCCCAGCAGAGUGGAGCCAUCAUCUUCCAGCCCAUCAACAGGACGGUGCCCCUGCGGUGCCUGGAAGAGCACUAUGGUACCUCCCCGGGCCGGGCUCACGAAGGCAGCCUCGCCGAGGGACGGCUGGAGGUGGCCAAGAGGCUGAGCCUCACCAUGGGCGGUGUACCUGCCCGAGAGCAGAGCUUGGGCAGGGGAAACCUCCUCAGGAAUAAAGAGAAGAGCGGUAGCCAGCCAGCCUGCCUCGACCACAUGCAGGACAAAAGAGCCUUAUCCCUCAAAGCCCACCAGUCGGAAAGUUACCUGCCCAUUGGCUGUAAGCUGCCCCCUCAGUCCGCAGGUGUGGACACAAGCCCAUGCCCAAACUCACCCGUGUUCAGGACGGGCAGCGAACCCACCCUUAGCCCGGCACUGGUUCGGAGGGUCUCCUCGGAUGCUAGGGUAGGGGAGGCACUGAGGGGCUCAGACAGCCAGCUGUGCCCCAAGCCACCCCCUAAGCCUUGCAAAGUACCCUUCCUCAAGGCUCCGCCAUCCCCAUCCACUUGGCUCAACCCCGAGGCCCACUACUGUGAACUGAACCCAGCCUUUGCUACAGCCUGCGACACGGCAGCAAGACUGCCCUCAUGUGCCCAGGGCAGCUACGUGGAGCUGCUGGCAGCCAGGCAGAAUGGCGCCCUGGGUCCCCGGAACUCUGGCAUCAGCUACUUGAUCCUUGAUGACGAUGAUGGGGCAAGACCUUGGGAGCCACUGGCAGCACAGACGGACAAGGGACAGGAGGACAAGGGCGAGUUUGUGAAGCCCAUCCUGGAGACUGACUCCUCGUUCAGGCCUAACGACUUUGAGUCGAAGCUCCUUCCUCCUGAGAAUAAGCCCCUGGAAACAGCAAUGCUGAAACGUGUAAAAGAGCUGUUCAGCAACCGCGACCCCAAGGUGAUCGCCCAGCACGUGCUGCAGAUGGACUGCAAGGUUGCUAGGAUACUCGAGGUCUCUGAAGAGAUGCAGAGGAACAUGGGCGUGAGCUCAGGGCUGGAACUCAUUACCUUGCCAUUUGGACACCAGCUGCGCCUGGACAUAAUUGAAAGACACAACACCAUGGCGAUUGGCAUUGCAGUGGACAUUCUGGGCUGCACGGGCACUUUGGAAGACCGAGCAGCCACUCUCAACAGGAUCAUCCAGGUGGCAGUGGAACUGAAAGACUCCAUGGGGGACCUCUAUUCCUUCUCAGCCAUCAUGAAGGCCUUGGAAAUGCCACAGAUCACAAGGUUAGAAAAAACAUGGACCGCCCUGCGGCACCAGUACACCCAAACCGCCAUCCUCUACGAGAAACAGCUGAAGCCCUUCAGCAAACUCCUGCACGAAGGCCGAGAAUCCACAUGUGUUCCCCCAAACAACAUAUCAGUCCCAUUGCUGAUGCCUCUUGUGACCUUAAUGGAGCGGCAGGCUGUCACUUUCGAAGGAACUGACAUGUGGGAAAAAAAUGACCAAAGCUGUGAGAUCAUGCUGAACCAUUUGGUAACAGCCCGACUCAUGGUGGAGGCUGCGGACACCUACCGGAUGAAUGCUGAGAAGAUCCUGGAAGGUUUUCAGCCAGAUGAAGAAAUGAGUGAAAUCUUCAAGACUGAAUUUCAAAUGAGAUUGUUAUGGGGCAGCAAAGGUGCACAAGUCAAUCAGACAGAGAGAUAUGAGAAAUUCAACCAGAUUUUAACUGCGCUCUCACGUAAACUGGAACCCCCUCCUGUAAAGCAGGCGGAGCCCUGACAAACCUCCAGAGAACCUUAGGAUAUUCUUUCAAGCUUCUCCAGUUUCUUCUUUGGGAAAGCUUAUCAUUUGAUAAAGUCAUAAAGCAUAAAUCUGACAAUAUACAAGCUUUUAGUAUCCACAGGAUAUUAAACAUGUAAAUUGCACAGAACACACUUAUUUAUGAAUUGUUUAAAAUUACUACUGAUUUUUAAAUAAAUGAUAAUUUAUUAUGAAGGUAACUAUUGCUAAUAUUGAUUGGCAAAUUUUAAGAGGAGACCUAGCUGUGUUGGCUGGUUUCUUUCUAUUAUCACUGUAUUUGACCAUUUUUAGUUUUUGAUUCCAUGUCAGAUAAGUGUAAAAAGAAGAGUUUUUUUUAAAGCAUGACACAUUUCAGAAGGUAUCAGUUGUAUGAUAUUCUUUAAAUAUGAAAAAUGUAAAUAGUCAUGAAUGAAAAUAUACCUUUUUGUGAAAUGAUUGUAUGCAGCCUCUUUAAUAUUAAUCACCUUAUCCCAGUACAGUAAUUCUACCUCCUCGCCUCUUCCCUAGACACCUUAUUCUGAGGAUAAACCAAAAUUAAUAAAGUGGUAUCAAAAAUUCAAGGUUUCUGGCUUGGUAGAGAGUGAAUGGUGAGACAAAGUAGAGUUGGUUUCAGAAGACCUGGAUGGAUUCAAACUCCAGUUCUGGCAAUUACAAACUUUGGUGAAGAUAAUCUCGUCUAAAGAAAAAAGCAAAGUGGGACAAAUAACACAAAGUAAGAUGCCAGAAAUAAGUCCAAACUUACCAAUAAUCAGUCUAAAUGUAAAUGACUGAAACUGCCAGUUAAAAAUAAGAGAUGGUCCGACUGGACUCAACCCACCUGGAGCAAAGGAGAAUGAAGAACAGCAAAGACACAAGGUAUUUUGAGCCCAAGAGACAGAAAGGGCCACAUAAAUCAGAGACACCGGCCUGAGACCAGAAAAACUAGAUGGUGCCCAGCUAUAACCAAUGACUGCCAUGACUGGGAGCACAACAGAGAAAACCUGAUGGAGCAGGUGUACAGUGGGAUAUAGACCUUAAAUUCUCAUAAAAAGACCAGACUUAAUGGUCUGACUGAGACUAGAAGGACCCCAGAGGUCAUGGAACCCAGACCUUCUGUUAGCCCAAGGCAGGAACCAUUCCCAAAGCCAACUCUUCAGACAGGGAUUGGACUGGACCAUAAGAUAGAAAAUGAUACUGGUGAGGAGUGUGCUUCUUGGCUCAAGUAGACACAUGAGACUAUGUUGGCAGCUCCUGUCUGGAGGGGAGAUAAGAAGGCAGAGGGGAACAGAAGCUGGCUGAAUGGACACGGGGAAUACAGGGUGGAGAGGAGUAUACCGUCUCAUUAGGGGGAGAGCAGCCAGGAGUACACGGCAAGGUGUAUAUAAAUUUUUGUAUGAGAGACUAACGAUUUGUAAAAUUUCACUUAAAACUAUAUAUAUAUAAAAAGAGAUGGUCAACUAGAUUUAAAACAAAACAACCUUAUGCUGUUUACAAGAAACACAGUUAAAGCAUAAAGACAGAUUGAGAGUCCAUAAAGAGGAGAGUAAAGGGAGGGAAAAGGGUGUGAUUUUGAACAGCAAUGUGGCAGCUUCUGGGGUGUUGGCAAUGCUUUAUUUCCUGCCUUGGGUGUUGACUUUCUAAUCACUUAAGCUGCACAUUAUGCAUUAUUCCGAAUGUGCAUUUUAUAAUA